UUUGGUUGAUAUAAAACAAGAGCAGAAGAAGAAAAAGAAAGAUAUCACCCAAAUAAAAGUUCUCGUAACUAAAAUCACUUGAAGACAAUGAAGCUAAUUAGAGUCACCUUCUUGCUUUGUGCAUUGACCUUUUUAUUCCUUAUUACUUCAACUUCAGCAGGUGUAACCGAAAAUAUUAUGAGUAAAAUGGCGCCACGGAAACUCAUGAUCAUCUCUAGUGAACAUGAUAAUGUGAUGACAUCAGGUGCUCAUGAAGGUUCAAGUGAGCAACUUUCGGUCACUUCUUCUGGAAAAUCUAAGAAUGAAGAGAAGAGAUUAAGUGAAAAAGAAGAGGAGAAUGCUCUAUCGAAGUAUCUAUCGAUGGAUUAUCCAAAGUUUAGAAGAAGACGACCAGUUCACAACAAUAUGCCUCGGAGUCCAUGAAAAAUGCAAUUUUUAUUUUAAUAGAACAAUUAAUUUUAGCUAUAGGUUAAUCAAUUAAUUAAGAUCAGUUAGGAAUAAGUGGUUGGUAUAACGUAGUUAGUUUCUUUGGAAACAUUGAGUAACAAGUUUUGGCUAUACAACUGUAAUUAGCGCGCGGAAUAUGUUCGUGUUAAUUCUUUUUAUA